AUGCUUCAGAACCGAUUAUUUGUCGCUCCAGAAGAUCAUGAUCAAGUCGAAGAGGAGAUCGAUGAACCUUUUCAACGUGAGUCAAUGGCAGUACAUCACAAAUUAUCAAGUAAACUUUCAUUGGAAGAGUUUCUAGCAGAUCGAUCAGUGCGAAAACUGGAUCUGGAUGCACAACGUGCACUUCUUGAUACCUUCUCGCAGCAACAAGCUAAGACUGCGCCACUGUCACCACAUAGAGUGGCUCAAAUGACGGCACGAUUCCGAGUAUUCGAGGAGAAGAAAGCUCGUCGACUUAAAGCCAAGAGACGAGAAACGGAGACGCUAGAGAACAUCGAGUAUCACUUCACGCCAACGAUGAACAACAAGAGUCGACAGCUCACCAGUCAAUUCCCAACGUUCGCAGAGCGUCAAGCCACACUCUUAGCCAAGAAACAGCAGCAGCGAGCGAGACUGGAACGGCAACGUGAACAGGAAUUGACUCGUGACAGAGCCAUCGAUCUCCAGGAGAGUGUGAAAACUCCCUGUAUUUGCAGUCACGGCAACACCAAUCGAUCUGAAAGCUGCGACUUAAGUCCGUCAAAAGCUUCUGCUUCUCAUGCCGAUGGAGUUCGCCAUACUCAGGCCUGUUUGCGGUUCAUGGCCAUGUGCAGUAAGAUGAACGCGUCAUUCGCUAUCCAACGCAAGAAAGACAUGAUGAGGCGAUCGCUGGACGAUUUCAUAGCUUAUCAAGAAGCAAAGAAGCAGCGACAACAAGCGCGUGCUGCGAUUGCAAAGGCGAAAGAGGCCAAGGAGAUAACGUUCACGCCGCGGAUUAAUGCAAAAUCUGAAAAGGUAGGAACGUAG